AUGUUCAUAGCGGACCGCACCAAGGUCGACGGCAUUGUUAAUACUAAGCUGGGUUGCGGUAAGUUCGAAUUAGACCUGAGUCAGCCAAAUUGCGAUGACGGGAGGUGCAAAACUCGAGUAGCUCUGUACAGAUAUUUACUUGAAUGCUUCACUCGCCAUAUGGCACUUCUUCAGCAUGUCGUGAUCGCUUUGGCCUCGAUAUGCUUGACUUGGGCUAUCCACUGUUAUGAAGCGGACCAUGGGGAAAACAAAGUUGUUAAAACAUGUCCUGAGGGAAACCACUGCACGAACCUCACAGAAUACAACAAUUCGUCCACACUGCACUACUAUAGUUGCGCUGAAGAGCCAUGCACGGAUGGAUGCAAUGAAAUCAGCGAUAUGGCGACAUUUUGUUGUUGUAGUACAGAUCUUUGCAAUGGAGCCAUGGAAUUGACCUUCAAUAUGCCAGCUCUUCUUACGAUUUCAGUGAUUCUCUUGAAUUUGCUUUUCUAG